AUGGAGGGGAGUAAGAACAUGCAAGAGUCAGACACUGCAUCUGUUGUCAUAGUACCCAGGGAGCCUGCUGUCAUUAUCAAUGGUGUCCCAGACUUGCCUCCUGAUUUCGCAUCUGGUUCACAACCUGCAGUAAGAGAUGCUCCAGGAUCUCGAGUUGAUCAUCGCUUUGGUGAAUGGCUAGAAGGGCGGAAAGUGAGAAAGCAGUUUGGAGACAAGUAUUUUGCAGGGAAAGUUGUCAAGUAUGACAGUGAAAGCAAUUGGUACAGUGUUGUCUAUGAUGAUGGAGACCAGGAAGAUCUUGAAUGGCUUGAACUGGAGGAGAUCCUGCUACCAUUGGACAUAACCAUUCCACUCAGAAAACUUGUUAUGGACAAAUUCAAACAUCAGAAUGCUGUUCCUGACUACAGACUUAAGGGGGCUAGAUCAUCGCAAGGAACUAAUGGUACUAGCAACCAGAUGGUGGUUAGAGCAGUAAAUGGCCAACAGUCAAACAACCUACCACUACCAGGGUUGCUUCAGGCGUCCCCGUCAAAUGCAGAGACUGUCAGGGCAGAAAGACUGAAGAUGCAGACCUCCAAAAGAAAAACUGAAGAGGUAUAUCAGCCUAAAAAAAGGGGCAGGCCUCGAAAGGAUAGAACUAUAUCAGUAUCAGGUGACAUUGAACCUAAAAAAAGAGGCAGACCUCCAAAAGAAAAGAACAUAUCUGGGGAGAGUAGUGUUCAUAAGCGCAAUGCAGAGACUGUCAGGGCAGAAAAACUGAAGAGAGAAAGCUUGCGUGUUCGAGGGGCAUAA